GGUCCAGCCAUGGCGGAAAAGGGGCCACCCCAACGGCUCACAACCUCCGGCGAAGAGGCCACCUUUGACCGAAGCAAAAUCCGUCGAAAGAAAUGCAUCCGGUGCUGUGGCUGCAUCGCCGCCCUUCUGCUGAUGGAAGCCAUAGUAGUCGUAGUCCUGAUCUUGACAGUGUUCCGGAUCAAAGACCCGAUCAUAAAGAUGAACGGCAUCAGGGUGGAGAAGCUGGAGCUGGUGAACGGCAGCGCCAGGGUGCGGCCGGGGUCGAACAUGACGUUGACGGUGGACGUAUCGGUGAAGAAUCCGAACGCGGCAACGUUCGAGCACGGCAGCGCGACGUCGGAGCUGUACUACGGGGCGAAGGUGGUGGGAGAGGUGAGGAGCCCGGCGGGGGUGUCGAAGCCCCGGCGGACGGAGAGAAUGAACGUGACGGUGGAUCUGAUGAUGACGGACGAGCUGGGUCAGAACCUAAUUGGAUUGGGAAGUGAAGAAGGGGGGAAGGGUGGGGUGAUGAGCAUUGGGAGCUUGACGAGAGUGGGGGGGAAGGUGAAGAUACUGAAGGUGAUAAGGAAACAUGUGAUUGUGAAGAUGAAUUGCACCAGCACCUUCAACAUCACCACCCAGGCCAUUCAGCAGGUCAAAUGCAAGAGGAAGCUCAAGCUUUAGGAUCCAUAUGCGGUUUCACUAUUAUUAUUAUUAUUUAUGUGGGUCGACUUUAUUUUAUUUUAUUUCUUUUAAUUUUGUAUGCUGUUAAUUGAUCAUUCAUGAUCAAAUUUACUACUAUUUGAUGUUAAAAUAGUCAUCCAUGUGAUCCAACACCAUCCUCAUUCCUUUUAGUCAGGAAUUUUUUUU